GACAGACUGUAUGAGAAGGAUAAAGUGUUUUUGAACAUUAAAGCAUGUCAACAUGUUCUAGUAGAAACCCAGAUUACAUGUUGCCUUUAAUCCCUGGCAGUGUGGAUAGCUUUGUAAUGGCAUUCAGACAUUUAUAUGUUGGGAAAUUCCAUUUACAACUGACCAACUGGAAGCCACUAGUCCAUCCAGUCUCCUCACAGUGUGCAUUAGAGUGUGGGAGUUUAGUGGCGCACCAUCCUGCACUGUGCACAUCUCGCCACAGCUCGCAGCUCGCAACUCCUCAGCUGUGAUGUAACAGGAAGUAGUGGGUUGCCUUCCAACGUCAACCUGACAGCCGCUCCGCCGCUCCGCUGCUCACUGCUCGCCGGAGAUCCGCUGCCUUCUGGAGCUCUGCGCUGAAGCCGAAGCCGAGGACAGGAGACUCUUUACGGGAUUGCCUUGAGACUUUGUUCCGGCUGGAAGCCCCGCUGCUGUUGGACUGUCCUCCCCGAUCUGCAGCUGGUAAAUCAUUGAGCUGUCCAUCACCAGCUUCGACAUGGCCAAAAGGAAGAUGGAUAGCAUCGGGAGGAGCGGGAUGGUGGCCCUCAUACUACUGUGUAAUCUAGCAAAGAUUUUUGUGAAGGCAAGCCUGGAGGUGAAUGAAACCCAGCAGCAGCAUCCAACCAACGUCUACCAUGAGAUGGGACACACCAGGAACAAGAUAGUUACAGCACAGUUUGAGUGCUAUCAAAAGAUAAAGGAUGAUACCCAAGGCAGACAAGAGCCCAUGUAUCGCACUUGGGAUGGCUGGCUGUGUUACGACACCAAGGCGGGUGUUAACUCAGAGCAGCACUGCCCCGACUACUUCCAGGAUUUUGAUCCUUCAGAGAUGGUUAACAAGAUUUGCACCGACAGUGGUCAUUGGUUCCUGCAUCCGGAGAGCAACCGCACAUGGACCAACUACACCCGCUGCAAUGAACACACCAAUGAAGGCAGAAUGACCGCAAUGAAUCUUUUCUACUUAGCGCUCAUCGGACAUGGCCUGUCACUGACCUCCCUCUUCAUCUCCCUCGGGAUAUUCUUCCAUUUCAAGAGUUUAAGUUGCCAAAGGAUCACGCUUCAAAACCUCUUCUUCUCUUUCGUCCUGAACUCUGUGAUCACCAUCAUCUGGUUGACUGCAGUGGCAAACAACCAGGAGCUGGUGCAGCGGAAUCCAACGAGCUGUAAAGUGUCCCAGUUUAUUCAUCUGUACCUGUUUGGCUGCAAUUACUUCUGGAUGCUGUGUGAAGGGAUAUACCUGCACACUCUCAUCGUGGUGGCUGUGUUUGCUGAGAAGCAGCACCUGAUGUGGUACUAUCUUUUAGGGUGGGGCUUUCCCCUCAUUCCUGCUUCCAUACAUGCCGUCGCUCGAAGUUACUACUACAACGACAACUGUUGGAUCAGCUCCAAAACAUCGCUCCUCUACAUCAUCCAUGGUCCCAUCUGUGCUGCUCUUUUGGUCAAUCUGUUCUUUCUACUAAACAUUGUGCGAGUGCUCAUCACCAAACUGAAGGUGACCCACCAAGCAGAGUCUAGUCUCUACAUGAAAGCCGUGAGGAGCACCCUCAUCCUGGUGCCUCUUCUGGGAAUUCAGUAUGUCCUGCUUCCCUACAAGCCAGAGGGACGGGUCUCCUCUGAAAUAUACGACUACAUCAUGCACAUACUGAUGCAUUACCAGGGUCUGCUGGUGGCCACCAUCUUCUGCUUUUUCAACGGAGAAGUCAAGCUGGUUCUGAGAGGCACUGGAACCAGUUCAUAUCCAGUUUGGGAGCAGCGUAGGAAACCACUCAGAUGCCCUAGCGUUCAGCCUCCUACACAGCUUCCUCCCAUCACAGAGGUACAGGGUUGCUACAGCAUCGACAGCCACACAGAACACAUGAACGGCAAGGGCUGCCACGACGCCGACGCCUCUACUCUUAAAGUCAGACAGCCCCUUCGCCUGACAACAACACUCCUCCAAAGCCCUGCCGCCCCACUCUCCCCCGUUAAAACCUGCCAGCAUGGUUGGAGCACGUGUCAAACAGGGAAACUCGCCUCUUCCUUUAGUUACAAUAACGGGGACAAUGAGUGAGGAAACGGAUUGUACUACUCAAGCCACCUGAAGGAAAUUGUCACCUCUUGUUACACCGACACAGGCCCCUUAAUAGUACUGUACGGUGAGCUCCAUACAACUAUUCCUGCGCUGUGUUUUGUCUACAAUUUUGACACUGAACUGCUUCCCUUGACCUAAGAUGCAUUCUGAUAAUCACAAUAUUGUUGCGAUUCUUUUCUGCCUGACAAAGUUGUUUUAAAUGGCUGAAUAUUAACCGCUGACUGUCCUUUUGGGGUCAAUGUUGUGCACAAACGCCUUUGGUUACACUGUAAAACAAUUUGACAUGGUUAGUGCCAAACCAAGAAAUCCUUGCCUGCCUAAUCUAUUUUUUUUUAUUUUCAGUACAAAAUCAGAACGAAAAUAGGACGUCUAACAGGUGCAUACUAAUAUAUUAAAGUUAUAUUAUAUACUUUCACAUGUUAAACUUAAGUUAUCUGACCGUUUAUUCUUGUUUAUUAAAUAAAAAUGAAAUAAAUACCCUACAGUAUUAUUAAGACAUGCUAAAUUUG